GGAGCAUAGAAAUGCGGUUACUGAAGGGUGCAGUUAAUUAUAGGCGGUGAACUAUCCGGCCUUUCUUGUUUUUUUAAAAAAUCCACCUGGGAGAACCAUUAAUGCAAAAAGAUAUGUCCAAAUAUUGUCGUUUUUAGCCCUCAGCACGUUUAUUUUGUAGCUGUUUAAACUCCAAUUCUCCUUCCCGGAUCACUUUAACGAUGCAUGUUGUGGUCACUGUCAAACUGGAUCUAUAAACUCCCAUCUCACCGCCUCCUAGAGGGUUUACUGUUGAGAAUUUGGUGCGGGUGGAUUUCUCUGUGCAGUGGGCGUGCCAGUGGCUGGAUGAGAUGGUGUGUGCGUUUCUAGUACCUAUGAGGAUCGGGAUAUGAUAGGAUCUCUGGUGGCGUACUUUGCGUGCAGAGGUUCUUGCUGUGCUUUCCUUUGUCCGGGAGCCCAUGGUUGUGUGGCCUUGUUCAUUUUGCAGUAAAAUAUCGUGAAUGUUUGCACUGGGAUUUAUUUCUGUAGACUUGGGAUAUGGCUUUGCAGCAGCUUUGCGUGUGAGCUCUGACACCUUAAGAAGCUCUCACCAUUUCCCACUCCAAGCUGAGCAGAUUUCGAAAGACAUUUCUGAAAAUGACCAGCCUUUUCCGUCGGAACAGUAACAAUGGCAACUCCAAGAAUGGCUCAGCCAACGCGCCGUCACAGCUGCUCAACAACAGCCGGCCCCCCCGACAGGUCCGGAGACUCGAGUUCAACCAAGCCAUGGAGGACUUCAAAGUCAUGUUUCCGAACAUGGACUACGACGUGAUCGAGUGUGUCCUGAGGGCCAACAACGGAGCGGUGGAUGCCACCAUUGACCAGUUGUUGCAGAUGAACUUGGACUGCGGAUUUGACAAUGGGUAUGAUGAUAGCUCGGACUCUGAUGACAGUAUUCCCCCAGAGAUUUUGGAGAGGACGCUAGAGCCGGACAGUUCUGAUGAAGAGCCUCCUCCUGUGUACUCUCCUCCUGCCUAUGACAUGCAUGUGUUUGACCAGGGUUAUCCGCAGCUCCCUCCAGUGCCACCGCGACGGGUUGACGCACAGAGCUCGGGUGGGAGCCAGUCAAAAGUACGCUAUCGGAAUUGGAAUCCGCCGUUACUCGGUAACCUUCCUGACGACUUCCUGCGAAUUUUACCUCAGCAGCUUGAUGUGGUGCAGAACUCACAGAAGGGCCAUCAUGGGAGCGGCCAAGACUCACAAGGAUCACUUGAGCAGGAGCGAAAGCUGAAGCAGUACCUGGAGGAUGAGCGGAUUGCACUGUUCCUGCAGAAUGAGGAGUUCAUGAAGGAGCUGCAGCGGAACCGUGAGUUCUUGCAGUCACUGGAAAAAGAUCGGCUAAAGUACGAGUCUAAGAAGUCGAAGACCAACAGUGCGAAUGAAUCUCUGUCCUCUGGCAACAAUAGUUUUCCCUCAGCAGUUCCAGCAGUUGAACCUGGUACCUCUGGUGUUGCUGAAGCAAGCAGUUUAGUAUUUGAUGAUGCGAUGUUCAGGGACAAACUGAAACACAUGGGAAAAUCGACAAGGAAGAAACUUUUCGAGCUGGCCCGAGCAUUCUCUGAGAAGACAAAAAUGAGGAAGUUGAAGCGAAAGCAUUCCUUAAAGCACCACACUCUCGGAACUGCAGCCUCAACAGCUAACCUCCUCGAUGAUGUAGAAGGGAAUUCUUGUGAUGAAGAUAUCCAGUUCAGGAAGCAGCCCCUACAGGAAGAAGAUGAAGAAAAUGAGGAUGGGCAGUCCUGAUGCUGACACCUUUUCUGCUGAAGGAGCUGCUUUCACUGAUUAAGCAAAAGGACAAUUAUUCUUUACAGAUGAAGUUGGUGGCAUCUCUUCAUCUGCUUUUUAAUAACUUCUGUAAUGAAUAAGGCACAAUUAAAUGGAAAAAAAAUCAAGGGAUACCCAUCCAUCACCAUUGUAAGUGCAGGGUUUGGGUGUAUUCAUGUUUUUAUCUUUAAUUCUCUGUUUAAUUCAUCAAAUUUAUAAAUGUCUAGAUUUUUCUAUCCAGACCUUGCUAUAAUCCUAACCCUGACUCACAAUGGUUGAGAGCAACUGGUAGAGGGCUGAGCCUAGUUUUUAACUAUAUGUAUGGCAAUAUUUUUUGAUAGAAGAGGCCAACUUCAGGCAUUGAAUUGUAUUCCAUUUGGGCUGCUGUUUGAUUCAAGUAGGCAGCACAAUUCCUUAGCUCACUGUCAAAUGAUGUCGUUUAGGUUGUUGCGUGCCUAAUGAUAUACUGUAUUAAUUAACAGGCCCAUUCAAUAAGCCGGAACAUAUUUGAUUAUGUAAAUGUUUCUGUUGUAAUUGCCGGGCCAGUUCGUGCUUUUUUUCCUUUUUUUUAAAGAAAUACUAGAUUAUAGUGGAACAGGAUGGACUGAAAUGAAGAACCGUCUGAUUGUCAUGGUAAACAUCGAUGGAUAAGGAGCUACUGGGGCCUUUGUAAUGUUGAAUCACAAUCCCACCCACUGCAAAAACACCAAUUGGACACUCAGCCAGAAUGAUUAUUUAGCAGAAUACAAAUAUUAAAACAGAUCACUGCAGCUUAUGGUGAAAGGGGCUGUACAACAUAUAAACCACAGUUUAAACUGCCCUAUUACUGUGUGGACAUGUGUGCUGUGAGGAACAUAACCCACACAGCAGUUUAAACCGAUGAGGAAUUUGCUAAUGCUUUCAGUAUCCUGUUUAACUCUUUCACAUGAGCCGGCCUGAGCUAUGGAAAAUCAAAAACUGGUAGAAAAUCCAAUUAGUUUUGUUUCUCCCUUCAGUAUUGGGGCUUUGGCUGUUCAGUUUUGCUAAUAUUCCUGUUGAAUAUGACCCAUUUGUUCACUUUCUUCAAUCAUGUAACGGGGAGACAGAUGUGCAAUCAAAUUGAUUGAAUCAAAAACACCAUAGCCAGGCUCUCAAGGAGGUAGGUCUUUAAGGAGGACUCAGACAAAAAGUAAUAAAGAAGGAGUCUUGUAUAUCUCCUUGUAGCUGCUCACAGUUUAAGCAAGAAUUUGUCAACGGGUCAUUUAUUCACCUUUUCACCAUUGUAAAAAAGAGGAGGAAAAGGAAUUAAAAUGAUGAGGUAUGAAAUUC